AGGAAACAGUAGCCUUAAUAUCAAAUAACAUUAACAUGCUAAAAACCACAACUUUUGAAGAUAAACAAAUUUUGAACACAGUUAAUAGGAACUUUGCAUUACUCCAAUCAAAAAUAAGCGGCUUACACCCUCAUUUUAAAUCAAAACGAGGACUUGUAAAUAUUCUAGGGAAAGGAUUAUAAUAUAUAGCAGUAUGACGAAUAUAGUACGCGUUAAUAACUUCAUAUCCGAGGAAAUAAACAAUAUAACAAAACAUAUUAACCAACAGCAAAUCUCAAUAAGUCAUUACAUUAAUACAUUUAAGGACACCAUACAAAAUAAAAUAAAGUCAUUAGAUGACAAGGUUCAAUUUUUAGAGCACACAUACCAAAUAGAAAAUGAUAUAUCCUUUUUACGAAACCACAUAGACGAAAUAGGACAAAUUAUAUUUUCCAGCAAAAUAGGUAUAAUUCCUACGGACAUCCUCACCAAAUUUGAACUCGAAUUAAUUACAGAUUUCGACAGUUACCAAAAUAUCAAGACAGCAGUAAUAUUUCAAAACAACAACAUAAUCAUAAUCCUCCUAAUACCCCAAUAUUCACCAAAUACCCUUUCACAAAUCAGAUUUGAACCACUUCCUAAUAUAGCUAACAAAUCAAUAGCCUUAGAUACUUACGAAGUAUUAAUAGAUUCAGAAAACAAUAUGUAUGAAACAUAUGUAAAAAAAAAUUUGGAGAAAAAUUUAAUAAAAAUUCACAAUAAAUGUUUAGAAAAUAUAUUGAAAUUCGAAGAAGCAAAUUGUAAUUUAGAAACUAUAGAUAAAAUAAAUGUCACUGAAAUAGUCCCUGGUAUUCUAGUAUUUAAGCAUUUUGAUGUAGAAAUAGAACACAAUUGCAAUAAGCAAAAAAUAAAACAGAAAGGCAACUUUCUUAUCAAAUUUGAAAAUUGUUAUAUUAGUACGCUUAAUAAGACGUAUUCGAACAUUAACAUUAAAAUAUAUGAAACAUUUAUUUUGCCAAAUCGAAUCACAAAAAUUAAAGAGAGAAAGAAUGUAACUGAACUUAUUCUUAAAUUAAAAAAUCUUUAUGUAAAACAAAUAAAUCACGAAAAUAGUAUCGAAUUACUAAUGAAUAAAAAUAAAAAGAGGAAUUUAAUCAGCAUAGGCACUGAUGUUAUAAUUAUAACUAUAAUUUUAAUAACAAUUGUAUACAUCAUUAUAAAAAGUAAGCAAAAGCUAAAUAUUUCAAUUGAGCCACCGCAAGCAACUUUAGCAAAAAGGGGACCAUUUCUACAAAUUUCAACACCACAAAUGCAUUAAUCCCGAUUGAGGACAAUCGACUUAAGAGGGGAAGAGUUAGCUCGAACCAAGCAUAAAGUGCAACUAUGUCAACAACCCCGAAAUUACAGCGCAAGCGACAACUGGUAAAUUCUGCCGAUGCAACCUCAGCACAUCCGGCACAUGCCAAUCGAACAUGCAAUCGAAUACAUAAUUUGUAUAAGUUAACCGUAGUUAACGUACUGGAGUUCCCAUGCUGCCAAAAAUUGCAAUGCAUGCAGUCUGCAUCGUUCACUUCAUGCGCGAUCAAAUUAAAUGUUUGGUCAGCUGUAGUAAUUCGAUGAUGCUCGAUGCAUGAGCAUGGCACAUGUGCGUGGGAAGUGCUUAUGGAAGCAAUUAGAGACCGACGCUAACGGCAGCAGCGAC